GGACGCUUGUGCUUGUAAGAAGUUGUGGGAUAGCUGAGAGUGUUCCCCGACAUGGCUUCACUGCGCAAUGCAGAUAUUCACCUGAGAACUUACAUCAAGCAGCACUCUCUGCCUGAAAUCUAUGAGGCUCUUUUGUGUGGUCUCUCAGUCAUGUGCCCUGAAAAUCCACUCCAGUUUUUGGAACAGAAGAUCAAAGAAAUGCUGGAUAAGGGACAUGAUGCUCUUUUAUGGGAUGCAUUUAUAGAAGAAGCAAAAAAACCAAAAGUUAAGGCAAUGGCGGGAAGCUACCUAGAGUAUCUUUUUGGAAGAGAUGAAGAUCAACUGGUGUCUCCAGAAUUACUCAAGAAAGCCUACUCAUUUUAUAUCAACAAUUUGCAGAAGCUGUAUUUUGGUGCAUGGAUAGAAUACUGCUCCAUGAGAAAAGCAAGAAAGCAGGAGCUGAAUCUCAAGCUGCAGGUUGCAGAAAAUCAUCACACACACACAUUGUUACAAUCCAUAGUAAGGUUGUGGGAUAACUGGGCAAAAUAUCGCAAACAACAACAGUCGGUGGCAGCCAAUAAAAUACAGAAAGUAUUUAAUGAUGCAUUUGUGAAGAAAAUGUUGAAAGCAUGGCAUGCAGAAACCCAGGACUCCAAAAAGAAAAGGGAAUAUUUUGAACGCUUGGAAAGAGGAGACAUGGACGAUUAUGGAAAUUUUAACUCUUCUCCACUUAAGGAAGGUGAAGAUGAUGUCUCACAGUUGCCACUAAAGGCAGUUCUCAAGAUCUUUAGUUUUGUGGAUUUGAUAGACCUGGCAAGAAGUGCUCAAGUAUGCCGAUCCUGGAAGAUUAUAUCACAGAAUAGUUCACUUUGGAGCAGUAUUGACUUUUCUUCAGUAAGGCAUCACAUUCAAGAUAAAUUUGUGGUUAAUACUCUGCGCAAGUGCCGCCUUUAUGUCAUAAGACUGAACUUCCGCAGCUGUUCAUCACUUCACUGGCCUACAUUUAAAGGAAUAAGUGAAUGUAAAAAUCUUCAAGAUUUGAAUCUUUCAGAGUGUCUAAAUUUAAAUGAUGAAUCAACGAGAAUUAUUUGUGAAGGAUGCCCUGCUUUGCUGUAUCUUAACAUAUCUCACACUGAUGUAACCAAUGCUACCCUACGAAUCGUGUCAAGAUGUCUUCUAAACCUGCAGUUUUUAAGCUUGGCUUACUGCCGAAAAUUUACAGACAAAGGAUUACAGUACCUGGGUUCAGGAAAAGGAUGCCACAAGCUCAUCUACUUAGAUCUGUCCGGUUGCACUCAGAUCUCAGUGGAUGGUUUUACAUUUUUGGCAGCGGGUUGCAAUUCUCUUCAGCAUCUGAAGAUCAAUGAUAUGUUUACUCUGACAGAUAAGUGCAUCAUAGCCCUUCUUGAAAAAUGCCCGAAUAUUCUAUCUAUAUCUCUUCUGGGCUCACCCCAUCUUUCUGAUGUUGCCUUUAAAGUACUUGCACAAGGACGUAAACUUGCAAAGAUCAGAAUAGAAGGGAAUAACAGAAUCACUGAUUCAAGCAUCAAAUCAAUAAGCAAAUGCUGCCCUAACCUGAAUCAUAUAUAUGUUGCUGAUUGCCAGAAAAUUACAGAUAUCAGCCUUAGAGCAAUCUCAGUGUUAAAGAAUAUUACCAUACUGAAUGUAGCAGAUUGCAUAAGGAUUAAUGAUCCGGGAGUCAGACAAGUCCUUGAAGGCCCUUCCGGAACCAAGAUACAGGAAUUAAACCUCACUAACUGUAUCAGAGUCAGCGACCUCUCCCUUCUGAGAAUAGCUCAAAAGUGUCAUAAUUUAACCUACCUAAGUCUCCGUUACUGUGAAAAUUUUACAGAUUCUGGCAUUGAGCUACUAGGAAACAUGACAUCACUUAUUUCCAUUGAUCUGUGUGGGACCAAUAUUACAGACCAGGGAUUGGCAGCACUUGGGGCCCACAGCAAGAUAAAAGAACUAAGUGUCUCUGAAUGCUUUGGGAUUUCUGACAUAGGAAUUCAGAAAUUCUGCCAGCAAUCACGUGAUCUGGAGCAGCUGGAUAUAUCCCACUGUUUGCAAGUGACAAAUAACACAGUAAAGACGGUGGCAUUUUGCUGUAAGCUGCUCACGUCAGUCAAUAUUGCUGGAUGUCCAAAGGUGACAGAUUUAAGCAUUCAGUAUCUCUCUGGGGUGUGCUCUUAUCUCCAUGUCUUGGAUAUCUCUGGAUGUGUCAAUCUCAGUGACAGAACAUUAAAGUGCCUACGGAAGGGAUGUAGACAACUUCGAGUCUUGCGAAUGUUAUACUGCAAAAGUAUUACCAAGGCAGCUGCAGUGAAGAUGGAAUCAAAGCUUCAAUUGGUGCAGUAUAAUAAUGAAGACCCUCCCCUGUGGUUUGGAUAUGAUCGCCAUGGGAAUCUGCUGCAUGGGGCCUCGCAAUUGGAAGAAACAGAAGUGGCUGAGGAAAAUACACACACAUUUGUUCCCAAUGGAAGUGCUGAGAGUUUGUAAAGCAAAUGCAUACACUAACUGCAAGCUUAUUUGGAAGAAUCACUUUUCUUUUCCAAGCUAAAAACUUAGGAAGAUCUUAAGCCUGAGUAGUUUUUGCCAGAGCUAUUUCUGUCUGGUCUAAAGAUGCUUUUAUUUGUUGCAUUUACGAGGCCACAGAUUUACACUGUGUAAAGCUGUACCUACCUCCCAGUUUCCUUGCAAUUUGCUAAUUAAAGAAAAAGUGAUCAGAUUGAGCCUAUAAAAAUUCAAGACAAUGUAAUAUUUUUAUAGGAAACUACUGAAUUAAUUUAAUAUAAGCUUCAAGGCAACAAGGAACUCUCUAAAUAUAAUCAACUAAAAAUUCUGCACAGGUUUAAAAUAAAUCAUAUUACUCCACCAUCUGCUCUCAGCAAGUGGUCUCUCUAUAUGCAGGAGCCACAGUAAGCUUUUGAUUGACAGAUAACUAAAAGACAGUUGUAAUACAUUAUCUAAGCCAACACCAAUAAUUUACAGAUAUGGGAUCCCUUAUCUAGAAGCUCUGAAUUACUGGAAGGCCAUCUCUCACACCCCAUUAUUA